CCGCGUAGACUUCUGGGAAAGCGCGAUAUUCAAAUUUGUUUCCGGUUUAAUUCCGCUUCGGUCGACAAGCCAGACAUGGAGCGACAUCAAAUUAGUGUGGUGAGGACUCCCCUCAACAGUGUUGUAGUUCAGAGGAGGAGCAAAAGUAAGAGUUACCGGCAGUCGUACCGCAGCUGCUUAGGUGCUGCUUCACGUCUUGGCUUCACCCCAGCUUUGACAGCACAGAGGCUCAACACCAGCAGAAGAGCUCCAAAGUCACACGAUAUCACAGAGAAGGUGAACCCCGAGCAGCUGGCCUUACUGAUGAAAACGGAUUGGCAGCUGUCCUAUGUCACUCCUCUCUACCAGUUCAGACACACCCAGCUGAAGAGCUACUCCAGGCAGCUCUCAGCGUUUAUUGCUGCACAGAAGCAGCAAGGUUUGGCUGUGGAGGUGGACGGAUUCCAGAGCAGCUUCAGAGUCUCCUUCUCCGUGGUGCAGGGGAUGGUCGAGACAGAUGAUGAUGCUGAGACUGUCUUUAUACAGAUCCAUUCAAAGCCUUUGUUUGCCAGGCAGGAUGAGCCACAGAAGUCAGUAUGGAGAGGCUGGCUGACUUGUAUCAACGGCAACCCUGACUACAUCCGCUCGCUUCUAAAAGACUUCAUCUGUCUGCCACUCUUCGGCAGCAGUGGGCCGGAGGGUUUCACUACUUUGGUCAAAUCCUGGUUCCAGCAGACCUUUGACUGCUGCUUUGGCCCGCUGGAAAUCAGCGACACGAGCCUGCAAUGGCUGGUGGCAUUAUGGACUAACUGCCACAUGGAGUCCAGCAUCAAGAACCUCAAAAUGAUUUGGACUCUUCCAGUUGUGCCACCAAUGCAGGUCACCUACACUGUUAACGCCCAAGACGCCUGGGAGCUGUGGAGCAGCGUGAGAAAGGAUCGCCAGGAGGAUAACGAGGGCGGGGAGGAGAUGAAAGAUGAGAGUAUGGUUGAUAUUGAGGAAGUGAGGAGGUUCACGCAGCGGCUGAAGAGCCACUUCUACAGACACUUCAGGCUGGAUCUGUCAGCAGGAAGCUUGAACCAAGUGUCCACAGCACUGGGCUCAGCCAAGUGCAACGGUAGAAUCAAGAUCUCCAACAGCAAAUACAUGAUUACCACCCUGACACUACUGACAGAGUGUGCCCUCCUCAAAAUGCCCAUCUGAGUGUGAAUAAAAAAAGAAUUUACACGACCAUGAAA